AUGGCUGAGCCGUCACGCUGGGUUGGAAUUGAUGAUUUGGAAUUAAUCGGUCUUGGGAUCGCCCCGCGGCGGCUUGGAAUGCAAGAAAGUGAAAAAGGAAGUGGACGGACGGAAAGCAGCGGAGGCCAGAUAGCGAGCGAGGUUGACAGUCCGUGGCGUCGUAGGCUUGGAAGCAAAGAUGGGCAACGCAUUGGAAACACCGGUAGUCGCAUAGUCCGUCUACUAUCCAAUCUGACUGCGAGUGCAACUAAAAGUCGACGAACACCAAAUGCGUUCAGUAGUGUAACCGAACUUACUCAAUCCGAACCUAGAACUGAAGCAUUCCGUUCACAUGGGCCCCAAGCCGGUCAAGACAGGCACCUCUUCGAUAGCUCCAAUGCGGAGAUUCGCUGUGCUAUCGCCGUACAUGUAGGGCAGAGGCAUGUUUGGGGUUUCCCCCGUGUCUGUGACACCGAAAUCGGUUUUAGCGCUCAUCAUUUCGCCAUAUCUGCGCAAGGCAGGCACUACCCCGGCGUGGUGUCAGGCAGACUCAACACCACAAACAGCUUUUCUACCUCUAUCAUCCAAUAA